GCUCUCUGUGAUAAUAAAAAUGGUGCUCCGAAUUUUCGUCAUCGCUGCUAUUUCUAUUGUUUUAACAUCAGCCGGCAUCUCACACAAUACAAUUGAUGUCGUAGUUUCGGAACACCAAUCUCAGGGGUCUCAUUAUCAAGAACUAUCAGGCGGCUACGGUGGAGAUUAUGAAAGCAGCUCUUACGAUGGUGGAAAACAGUACGCAGGAGCUGAAUUAACAAGUUUGGCACACUCCUCCGCCCAACAAGCUAAGAAUGCAGUUCAAAACCAAGGCACAGCUGGAAGUCAGGCUGCUUUUGGGAUAAAAAAUACCCUCGCAAGUGCUGCAUUAGGUGCCGCUCAAACUGCUCAAGCAGCUCUAGUAGGAAAACAAGCCAUAGUUGCUAUAUUAAAAAGACAGGUGUCCGAUGCCCAGACUCAACUCCAAGCAGAAGUUGCUCAAGCCGAAUUAGCUCAACAUGCUUUGGGUUACAUCGCACAAGCUGCUCAGCAGGCUCAAGGAUUGACUGCUGCUCUAGCUUCAGCUUUAGCCUCAGCUCAAAGUGGCGAACAAACUUCUCUGAAAGCUGCUACUGACGCAGGCACUGUAGCUGCUUCGCAACAACAAAUGGUGAACGAAGCUAAACAAAGGUUGGGUGUUUUGUUGCAUCAGCUUGAAGCUGCACUUCUGGAGUUACACGAAACUGAAGUAUCCGCUUAUAAAGCAGCUGAAGCUGCUCAACUUGCCCAAUCAAAUGCUGCAGCAGCAGGAGCUGCCGUUGUUGCUAGCUCGGCUAAAGUACAAGCAGAUGGAUCAGGCGGUUAUCAUCAUCAUCAUCAUUAG